AUGAUGGAACUCCUUAGUCAGUUUUUGUUGGAUAUUCAUUUACCUAAUACAUAAAUCAUGUCGCCCCAUAAGAUUGUUAUAUUAGUGUUGUGCUACUCAUCAAUAUCCAAAUGCACUGAGGAAAAUGAAACAUCAAAAAUUACGGGACCCAAAGAUAUGUACGUAGUACGAGCCACAGUUUAUCAAGUCGGCAUUCUCACCAACCGAACAAACGAUACCGCAGAACCGAAAACAGGUCGUCAGGAGGCAAUAACUAUCUACCGAAACAAAGGUUCGGAUAUUGAUUUUAGCAACAUUCAUAAUCCUUUGUUGACAAACGUCACAGCCGAAAAAGUUUUGGGCGUGGCACCCAUGCCUAAUGAAAAAAUAUCAUGGAAUAAUAUCAAACGUUUGAUCGAACCACAAGACAAUGUGAAAGCUUCAAAUUUAACUGAAGAUAAUAAAGCUGAAUUGAAUGGAGAUGUAAAAAAAUCAAAACGCGACGUAUCAAAACGGCCUGCGGAAAUAGAAAGGGGAGCAGCGGUGAUUCCUUCGGAAGCUGGCAUUCAUUCCAUUGGACUGCCGCCCUUGAUAGUUUUUAAUAAAAAUCUUUCUAAAAUCCCAGUACCUAUUCCUAACAUGUCAGUCGUUAGUUACGCCAAAGUUAAUACUUUGGUACAUUCUCCAUAAUUUACAUUGCUUCAGCUUAUUGUUGAUCUAAUUUAGAGUAGAAAAUGUAUUUACAUAUCAAGUAUGUACCAAUAAAGAAUGUCCUUUAUAAAAUAAAAAAAUG